CUAAAAAACUUUAUUGCUAAACGAUGUCGGAGAAAGAAAACAUCCUCAACAACACCGCAGGUGGUUCCCCCGCGGAAGAGGACAAGCAGGAGGAGAAAGAGCAGGAGAAGGAAAAGCAGGAAGAGCCGGCAAAGAAAAAAUCUGAGGAGGCCGGUUCUUCACCGCCACCAAAGCGCAUGCGAGUCGACGAUCCGGCCUGCGGAGAGCUGGUUCGGCUGCUCGUCGAGUUGGAUGUACAACAGGCAGAGCUGGAAUUCAGCGCUAGUGGCUGCGACUCAGGGAAUCUUGGUGGCGCUGGCGGCAACAAUUCCAAUAAGACCCAACUGGAGUCCCAAGAGUUGGAUGUACAACAGGCAGAGCUGGAAUUGAGCGCUAGUGGCUGCGACUCAGGGAAUCUUGGUGGCGCUGGCGGCAGCAAUUCCAAUAAGACCCAACUGGAGUCCCAAGAGAAAGAGCAGGAUCAGGAAAAGCAGGAGGAGGAUGAAAAAGAGCAGGAGCGGGAAGAGCAGAAGGAUGAAGAGCAGCAGGAGGACGAGAUGGAGGAGGAAGAGCAGGAGGAGGAAGAGGAGGAGGAUGAAGAGCAGGAAGAAGAAGAGGAGGAGGAUGAAGAGCAGGAAGAAGAAGAGCACGACGAGGAUGACCAGGAGGAGGGAGAGCCGACAAAGAAAAAACCCGAGGAGGCCGGUUCGACGCCGUCACCAAAGCACAUGGGUGCCGCCUAGGAAUGGUCGGUUGGUCCGCUGUACAGCUACAUGUUUGGUGACACGGUUUACUUCAUCGUCACCUGGAAGGGAUCCCUUGGGGAAGCCGUGCCUGUUGAGCAGAUCAAACAUGUGCACGACAAGCUACUCAUUGACUUCAUUACGAGCUUGAAGCUACAGGACUAAAAAACUCCGAAGCCCAAAAAUUUAUAAAAUAACUAGAGCGAUCUCCCAGCCAUCAUUAAAAUACUUUGAAUCAGAUCACAAUAUAUAACUCAGAUUACUUCUUUUUUUUUGUAUUUGUCUUGUAACACAAAGCUUGCUUCAAAAUAAAACUGA